GCUGAGCAAGCCUCUUCAGCUUGUGAGUAAGAACAGCACUAUAUGAUCUAGUCUAAUCGUUCUGGUAAAUGGCAUUUCGGAUCUCGUCAGAUACAUUUGCGAGCCCGAUCGCUCCCUUGACAUUUGCGCUUGUGGAAAUCGCUGGUUGGAUGCUGAAAAGCAACGGAAGUCUUGGGCGGGCGUCCAUGAUAAGCUGCAAUACUAUAAUGGAUUUCUAAGAUACCGCGGACCUUUCAAGAAGCGAAAUGGACGAAAGGAAAUCAAUUUAGCCGCAGAGCAGCCAAACAGGCCGAAGUGUUCGGUGCUCCUUUUCUGUCUUUACGUUUUUUUUUUAAAUAUUUUGUUCUCAGAUUGUGGCUCACCAAAACCCAUCAAGACGGACGGGGUGGUGGAGCAUCGAGGAAAAAACCGGGGCAACAUGCGGGAGAGGGACUUCAUGCCCAAUAUGGAAAGGGGCAAACCAGCCACCUACACAGGGGACAAAAAAGCUAAGAUGGCUGCGAAGACCAACAAAAAGUGGGUAAGGCUAGCCACCGUUUUUGCGUAUGUUUUAUCUGUAUCCCUUGCGGCAAUAAUACUGGCUAUUUACUAUAGUCUAAUAUGGAAGCCCACGGUCGCUUCCCCUCCGGCUGGGAGACCCGGGGUGCCGGAUGAGGUCACAGAAACCACCAACAUCUCCACAAAUAUAUCGACGAGCAUUAACGGCACAAACACCAAUUUCACACAAAUAGACUUCAGUUUUAAUGUGACGACGUCGAAUUUCGCACAGAGCAAGCCCUCUCAACGGGACAGCAGGAACAAGAGAACGACUGAGCUUUCACCGGCGCUUCUGUCAGAAAACGGGCAUCCGCAACCCGGGGAUCUGUACGAAGCUGCUAUCAGUUACACAACUACUGAAAACGAGAGACAAGAUGCUGUUGGAAUAGGGUCUUCCAGGGACAACCACAGACACUUGACGCAUUACGGUGCCAGCGACAGCAUGUAUGAUCAAAACGCAGACACCGUUACGCAUCGUCGUGAUGCAAAAAGUGAAAAUCGCGAAUCCGUGAAAGCACUGGCGGAAGCCUUGCGUUUGUCCACGCAGGCUCAGCCGACGGCCCCCGCAGCCCCUGCCACAGACCAGCAUGGAGAGGACUAGAAAGGAUGGAAUGGGCUAACUGUUGGAUACACAGCAGGACGGGUCGCGACUUCUGAGGACGCGGAUGAUGUAAGCGCAUGUGGAAUAACAAACCUACAGGAUUGGUGCAUGGACACCAAGUUUAUGAUACUGCUUAGCAAAGGCUUGGAUAGUGUUCCACUCUUUAAAUAUUUCCAUGUAACAUAAACCGUCAAAAUGUAAUCUCUCAUUUAUUGUUUUGCCUUAUUAGACACAUGGCACCAAUUUUAUGUAUGCUACACUUGAAGUCAAAUCUAAUCAGCUGUAAUUGGCAUCAUAUGAAGCAUAAAAUUCUGAAAUCACGUUUAUGUGCUUGCAAAUUCUUAAAGAGUAUAGCUAAAUACAUGUAAGACGUAUUUAUUUGAAUUGCAAACAGAAAACAUUACGUUUUUAGGACAGAUUGUUUUUCUGCCAGGUUGUUAAAACGUAAAAGGAAAAGCAUUUACGUUGCAUUUUAACGGAUCACAUCCGUAUAGCCUACUAAUUAAUCGGGAUUCCUAAUUCAUAGGAACCCUUGUUGAGUUCUGCUCAGGUACGUGCAAAUAUUAAUGUAAAUGUAUUGUGUAUUUGGUAAUGUACAUAGGGCACACGCCCUGGCCUUGAACUUUCAGCAUAGAUACUUUUUACGAAAAUAAUGUAUCCUAGGUACAUAUAUCACCACAAAGGCUAAUAAACGCCCUUGUAAAAAUA